AUGGCAUCAUCAGUUACGCCAAUCGAGAAAUCCGAGGAAGAAUGGAGAGCCGUUCUUUCCCCCGAGCAGUUUCGCAUCCUCCGCCAGAAAGGAACUGAAUUGAAGGGAACGGGAGAGUAUAACAAGUUUUAUGAAGAAGGGGUUUAUAAUUGUGCUGGCUGUGGAACACCGCUUUAUAAGUCUACUACCAAGUUUGAUUCUGGCUGUGGUUGGCCAGCUUUCUUUGAGGGUUUUCCUGGAGCCAUCAAUCGCUUCCCUGAUCCAGAUGGGAGGAGGACUGAGAUAACAUGUGCAGCAUGUGGGGGGCAUUUGGGUCAUGUAUUCAAAGGAGAAGGGUUCAAAGUUCCAACUGAUGAACGUCAUUGUGUCAAUAGUGUUUCUGUCAAAUUCAUUCCUGGAAAUGCUGCUGCUUCCAUAUGA